CAUACAAGCGUCUAUCAUGCUAAUGCUAAAAGCGCUGAACUGCCAUCGAACAACAUGGAAAUACACGUGCAGCAUCACCUGAACGUUCUGAACCCUCGAUUUCUCUUCUUCGUCUUGUUUUACAGUCCCCGUAUCCCCACUCACCACCCGGCCCAUCCUCGAUCUCCCCGUGUUGCUUCAUCGCACCAUGCCCGGUAGCUUAGAAGGCCGAUAUAUCAAACUCGAAGUUAUCGGCGGAAAAAACCUCAAAGGUCCCUCGGGGCGCAUUCCUGCUGGCAUCUACAUAUCCAUCAAUGUUGACACGAGGAGACGCUGGAAAUCAGCCAUUAGAGUCUUAUCAUCCGACGAAUCAGUCGCGUGGGGCGAUACUGUGACCCUAUCAUUAGACGCAUCACCCGAAUUAUCAGUGGAGAUCAGGGCGUCCUUCGAGUUCGAUCGAAUGCUGGGCAAUGGGGAAGUCGUUGGAAAACUGGAAACAUCAUGGGAUGCGUUGCUCGAUCAUGGAAAUGAGCCUUUCGACAUAUCCUUCCCGCCCGUUCAGGGUGUUCAACCUUUCCUCACGCUGAAGGCCGCUGUUCUACAUCCUUGCGACAAUCAUGACAGUGCAGUGCUUGACACCAUCGUUGAAAGUGAAGUUGCUCAAGAGACGGAUGCGGGCCAUGAACGAUUUGCCACAUACGUGACAAGCAAGAUGGUCUCUCACCUGAAUGAUGCCAUACAGCAUUUUCAGUUGGUCCUGGACCAAUGUCCGGUUGGCCAUCCUGACCGCGCAGGGGCUCUCACCAACCUCACGUGGGCCCGCCUCAAAGGCUACAUUCAAAAGGAUCUUCAAGACAUCGACUGUAUCACUUCUCUCUUCCGCGAAGCCCUUGCAUUGCGUCCGCAGGGCCACCCCGAUCAUCCAUUAUAUCUUUAUCACCUCACCGAAGCGUUGAACUGGCGCCACGACUAUCAACAUACCGCCGCUGAUAUCUGUGAAUCGGCCCAACUUCACUAUGAGCUACUGCCUCUCUGUCCAGAGUACACCUACCUUCACAGCGUCGCGGCAGGGAAAAAUGGUGUCGAUUAUGUGAUCCGUGAAUGCAACGAACUUCCAAUAGAUGCAUCCGAUGAAGGCAUUCACCUUCGACGAGUUGUACUCAAGCUCUGUCCUCUGGGCAACGAGUACCAUCUAAAAGCACUCGACAACCUUGCAUGGGCUCUCAUAACACGCUUUGAACAACGUGGCAGCAUUGAUGAUCUAGACGAGUGCAUACAAAGACAUCGUGAAGCUGUUUCUCUGUGCUCCGAGGGACAUUCUGAACACCAUUUCUACCUGAAUCAGUUGGCCUCGUCAUUAUGGCACCGUUUCAAUCACCAAGGCAACUAUCAUGACCUCGACGAGGGCAUCUCUUUGUGCGAAGAAGCGAUGCACCUGUUCCCUGUCGAGUCAGAACAUCGUCAUGUCACAUUGGACAACCAAGGAGCCGCCCUCGCCGCCCGUUUCAAGCGCCGCGGUGAUGUUAACGACAUCAACAGAGCCACAAGCCUCUUUCGCGAGGCACUGACGUUGUGCCUGUCUGGGGAUCCUUGUCAUGCCAAAACACUUAAUAACCUUGCCCGCGUGCUCAAAUUCAGAUAUGACAAAUUGAAUGUCCACGAAGAUCUCAAUGAGGCCAUUGACCUGCACCGCGAUUCUCUUCGGUCAAUUCACAAUUCACAUCGCCAUAAAUAUCUUAACAAUUUGAGCUCGGCGCUGUCCUCUCGUUUCACACAAACACAGAAGAAUGAAGAUGUCGAGGAGGCCAUUCGAUUGUGCCAAGAAUCAUUGGAGGCUUUGCCUUCACUGCACCCGGAUAGAUAUUUCAGCUACAUGCGGUUGCAGGAAGCCUAUUUGUCUCGUUACAGAGUGCAACGCAUGUCUGCUGAUUUGUCGCUCGCUGUAGAGAACUUCAGAAUGGCAUCACGACAUCCCACGCAAGGCUUUCCAGACCGCAUUCUGGCAGCCUGGAACUGGAUUGUCGCAGCAGAGCAGCACAGUCACCCAUCUGCACUGGAGGCCUAUACAACAUUUUUCGACCUUCUUGACCGUCACUUGGCAACACGAUCGUCGGCAAUUUCGCGGCGUGAAGCUGCUGCUGCCUUCCAAUAUGCCAGAUCAGUGCCUGUAGAUGCAGGAUCAUGUGGCAUACGCCGGUGCAACCUCGAAAAGGCCAUCGAACUUGUGGAGCAGGGUCGUGGUCAACAGUGGUCGCUCGCCUCACGGCUCAGGACUCCGCUGGAAGAUCUCGAGUCGGAAAAUCUGAAUCUAGCCCACAGAUUUUCGGAGCUGAGCAAGUGUCUGUCCGGGGCUCACGGUUCCACUAUCAGCACAGACAGAGCUGCUGUUGAUCGGGCAGAAACAGAGUACAGGAAACUUACGGAGCAGUGGGGAGCAGUGGUGGCUGAAAUUCGUAAUCUUAAAGGUUUCUCGAGGUUCCUUCUCCCGCCGUCGUAUAGAGAAUUGCGAGCGGCAGCACGUCACGGCCCAGUCAUUAUCCUCGUUGCGAGUCAAUACUCGUGCAACGCCAUCAUUGUCCCGACGUCAGGAGAGCUCCAUCAUGUUCCCUUGCCGUCCAUCACCCUUACAGAUCUGAAGAAUCUCAAGGAUCGCUUCGCCAGGGCGAUACGACACGCAUCUAUUAUGGGCCCAAAGGUGCCGCGGAAUGACCUAAUUGUCCUCUUGCGGACAGUAUGGGGCAACAUCAUGCUACCCAUCGUCAGCGUUCUCCAGCAUGACCUGAAAUUAAAGUUACAAUCACGAAUCUGGCUGUGUCCAACCGCAGCUUUCACGUCCAUUCCUCUCCACGCAGCUCAUCCCUUUCAAACAAAUGCAGAUCGCUCGAAGGAGCCAUGCCUGGAGGAUCUCUACAUUUGUUCUUACACGCCGACACUUUCGGCUCUGGCCAGAUCUAGGCAGAUGAUGAAGCAGCGUGUCCCUCCGUCCUUUGUAGCGAUUGGACAGGGUCAACCGGGUGCAGGGAAAAGCAAGGAGCUCCUGGCUGUCGACAGCGAGAUUGAGCUUGUCCGAAAGCUCGUCCCUGCGACGACCAUCCGUACCACUAUUUCUGGUGACGCAGCCACACGAGCUGGUGCACUCCAAGCAUUGGAAGAGAACACCUGGGUGCACCUUGCCUGUCAUGGAAAGCAGGACCGGGAGCAGCCUUACAAUUCUCACUUCGUCAUGAAAGAUGAACCUGUCACGCUACUUGAUAUCAUGGAGAAAGACAUUCCUCACGCCGAAUUCGCGUUCUUGUCAGCAUGUCAUACCGCCGUCGGCGAUGAGGAGACUCCCGAUGAGGAGACUCCCGACGAGGUGAUUCACCUUGCGGCUGGACUACAAUUUUCAGGAUUCAAGAGCGUCAUUGGCACGCUGUGGGAGGUCGACGACGCUGUCGCAAAACAUGUUGUCAAAGCUUUUUAUGAGAAUAUGUUCAAGGAUUUGGAGGACGGUGGUGAGAUGGACUGUACGAAGGCGGCCUGGGCACUCAAUCGUGCUACGCACUCCGUAAAGACGAAAGUUCCGCUUGAGCAGAGGAUGGUUUUCAUUCAUGUUGGUGUGUAGUUCCUGUCGUGUUGCUUUCAUCUGGUAUGUUUUUAAGCUAUUGAUUUCCGAUGCUCUUGGUCACUGUAGCACCUGUCAAUUGUAGGAUUACCUUCUGUUUUGUCAUACUGUUGUUUCGCAUUCCCUCACAUGAUAUCGACUACUCUAUAAUAUUUUGCAAUUCAUUCAAUGUUCUAAGUAUC